AUGCUGAGUCCAUCAAAAUUCAAUAGUGCACCUCCUCGUAAAAGGAAGAGAGUUCCAAUCAGUUGUUUGAAUUGCAAAAAAAGGAAGGUAAAAUGUGACAAAAAUAGACCUUGUAGUGGUUGCGUGAAGAACCAAGUUGCUCAUCUUUGUCAGUAUUUGGAACCAGCAUGGGCAGAUUCUAGUGGUUCUGAUAAUAAUGGGGUUGUUAAUUUUCAUGCUUCAGUUCAGAAUAGCGAAGAGUAUAAAACCUUGAAAAACGCUACUGAUAAGACUAUUAGUAACCAAAGAAAAGAGAUCGAAGACUUGAAAAGACAAUUAUCCGUAUUUCAUAAGUUUUCACCUAAAACUAUGGUCGAAAUUGAUAUUCCUAUUGGAAUGCUAGCAUCUCCAUUAACUGUUCUUAAGAAACUAAGAGCUCAAUCAAAUGAACCGGUAGAAAAGAUUCAGGUUCUUGGUGAUAAAUACUAUGCUUUCGAGAAUUAUGGUAAAAGAACCAUUUUCAACGAAUGUAUCAAUGUCUUUUCGUGGUUUAAUGUCAUUAAAUUAGAUCCUCAACUUACUAAAUUUUGGUAUAGAAUUACAAAUUUGCAGAAGAUUUACCAUAUGUACAAGUUUAAUCAAAUAAAGCAGAACAAGAAUCGAAUGAGUAUCGAAAGUCCUUCUAACAAUCCUGCGUCACCAAAGAAGCCAAAUUAUAGAAUUAAUGAAAUUGAUUUCACCAGUAUGUUUAGUCGCUCAAACUCUUCUUUCAAUAACGGCAACACUGACCCCACUCAAUCUAAAUGUCCUGUUAUAGAGUGUGAUUUCAACUUUAUGAUUGAAGACUCAUUUGCCACUCCCCGUUCAAACACUCCAAGCAUACCUGAUCCCAAGCCCAAGCCAAGCGUGAAGAUGGAGAAUGACCAUAGAUUGGUUUACUACGGGAUGAUGUCAGAUAAUGCAAAGGACUUGAUGGGCCGUAUGCAACGUGUGUGGAAAUCAAUGUUAUAUUUGGUAAGAGGGAAUCUUCCAUUAAAUUAUAAUCAGAUUGUAUUUUUAGUUGAUUUCUACUUUAAAAGCGAUAUCAUUGAUUUGGAAAAUAAAAACCACUUCUCAUUUUAUAAGAAAGAAUUGCUAGAGGUCUUUAGAAAAGGUAAUGAUGGAUUAAUAUUUGAUUCUUCGGUAUAUCGAGACAACGUAUCAGAUGAAGAAUGUUUCGGCUUAUUGAAAAUGAAAGGAGUUUACUUAUCCAUACUUUCUUUAUUAGUUGAAGAAUCAUUAGACUACUUACGUCUGACCAUAUAUACUGAUUCAGGUAAUUAUUAUGUUGAUCGUUUUAAAGACAUUUUCCCGUCUGAAGUCUUCUACCAAGGUUUAGGGUACAAAGAGAAUAAUUUGCUUCCCUUAGUUCAUGAUCUUCUUAAUACCAUGCAUACUUCCACUUCUAAGUCAAAAAAAUUGAACCAAUCUUUACCUUUUGUUGCACUGUGUGUUGCAUUUGCAAAUCGUCAGCAUGUUCUUUUCAGAAGACCAGGAACCUCGAGUCUCAAUGUAAGAUCAAGUUUUACUUCAAUUUGUCAAAUACUCUUAUCGUUGAUUACCGGUGAAAAUGACAUCUAUUUGCCAAUAUUCAAAGAUCCAUCGAUUUUUAAUUUCGAAGGAUCCGAAUCUAGAAAGAAAGACUUGAAAAUACAUAUUUGUUAUGUCUGGUGUGACAUACUUCGUUUAACUAACCUUUUUGCUUUUGAACCUAUAGUACCACUCAAGAGAAGCUCUGAACUAAGUAAUUUGUCUAAAAAAGUUUUCAAUAUAAUUCAAGAUUCGGAGACAGGCUAUGAUCAUAUCAGAUAUCUUGCACGUUUAAAAGAAGAUUAUAGCUGUUUAAAGAUUUCAUUUCACGUUCACUAUUUAAUUAGAAGAUGUUUCACAAUCUUGAAUUGUUCUAUUUUAGAAACGGGGGAUUUUAAAGUUACUUUAUCAACAAUCCAACAAGUGAUCAAUGACACUAAUAAUUGGGGUAACAGUACUGGUGUUUCCAAAUUAAAGUACCUAAGGUUUUUCGAGCUGAAGAGUAUUCUACAAUAUUUGGAAAUAUUCCUCUCUUACCUUUGUAUUCUUCAAAGCGAAGAACAAUCUAAUGAUGAAUUAAUUGAGAAUAUUGUUCCCGGCAUUUUUGAUAAAUGCAUAGAUAGCCUUACUCUGUUUCAAAAAUUUGCGACAUACCAAACUCAAAGUAUGGCUCUACAGUACAUUUUACUGUCUUGUGUUGAAAUAGUGUCUCGGUUAACUCAGCUAAUUAUUGGCUUAUUAAUGAGGUUUAAAGUUUCUGAAAAAAAUGAUUCUAAGAUGGUAUAUUCAUCUGAGUCGAAAGUCCCAAUCGAGAUCGAUUAUAAUUUGAAAGAAAAACUUAUAAGCACUACUGAUAGUACUUUACAAGUUUUAAUGGACAGCCCCUUAACUGAAAAGAAGAAAAUAAGUAAAUUAUUCAAAUACUGGUCAACAUUUCUCAUGUUUGUGGGGCAUCCCCUGAAGAUGAGGUCAUUAAAUUAUGCUAAACUUCAUGCAAAUAUCCCGGGUUUCGAUAACAUCCUUUCGAAAAGUAUUGAUAAGUGCCCUGUUGUCUCCAAUGAGAAUUCUCAACCACCUCAACAAAAGCCAACCCCUACACUAUCUAAGUGUCCUAUUUCACAUAUUACGGACCCAAUCGAUAGUAAUGUACAUGAUAAUGCUGUUAUAGAUAAGAAUCAAGCUAAACUUCUAGCAAGAUGCCCUAUAGAUCAUACUUCCUUAAGUAGCGAUUUUUCGAUGGCAUCACAAAAGGGCAAAUGUCCAAUAGAUCAUGCAGCACUCACUAAAAGUAUGGAGAGUGAACCCAGCUUGUCUAAUUCCUCGCAGAACUUACAGAAGUGCCCAUUUGAUCACGAAGCAUUAAGAAAAGGAUUGAAGGGAUUCAAUGAAAGCCAUAUCCGUGGAUCGGCUGACCUCGCAAACAAUCAAACAAACGAACCACCGUUGAAACUGGGCACUAAGUCGACAAAGUCAUCUUCGAGUGAACUUUCACACCCGAAUAAAAAAGCUCCUGUUCUUGUUCCCACGCCUAGCUCAACAGCUAGUAUACCCACUAUAAAUAGCCCAAAGAUUCCAGGGGUGGCUUCUACUCAAUUAAGUACCUUCGAGCCUUCUCUUAUUUCUUCGUCAGAACAAACUCCAUUACCUGCAUCUGCACCCAAAUUCAAGCCUAACCCUACAAUUUCACUAUCGCAACCACUCUCCUCUCAACCUCCUUUCCCUGUAGGUGACUUGGGCAAUAACUUCACCGAUUUCCCCGAUUUUGAUUUUGAUUUCCUUCAAAAUGAACAUUGGUUUGAACAAUUGGGAAACGACUUGGAAAAUUCGAGCUUGGAAGGCUUUUUCCAGUGA